UUCUUCUUUGCCCCCGUCGACUGUUUGGUUUGCAGGUCAUCUGUACUGACGACUGUGAGAUAACAGGACCAAAUUGCUUGCCACCCAACCUAUUCCACUAUCGUUAGAUAUUCUUAUCUGAUAACCUGCUUUCGUUCAUUAUUCCUAGUCUACCAUCCACAAUGUCAGGAUCAACCAUGGAUGCGUUUUAUGGGCCAGUCCUGCUCACGGUGGCCUCACCCUGGUCGCUUUUCGAUCAAGCAUUUACUUCGGUCAUGGGCUAUCCAGCUGAUCAGUUUAAGUUCAAGCAGGGCCAGACCCCCAUGAGUACUUUCACAGAAACAGGGCUCAUGAUUGCCUUCUACUACGUUACCAUCUAUACUGGGUGGAGGACUAUGAAGAAUCGAGACCCAUUCAAGUUGUCGACGUUGUUCAAGAUCCACAAUUUCAUAUUGACCGCCGUCAGUGGAGCAUUGCUUGUGUUAUUCCUCGAGCAGCUCAUUCCUUCUCUGUGGAAUCAUGGUCUUUACAACUGCAUCUGCAGUGCUCCUGGCUGGACUGAUAAAUUGGUUAUCCUAUACUACCUGAACUACCUUACCAAAUACGUGGAGCUUCUCGACACCGUCUUCCUUAUCUUGAAGAAAAAGCCUUUGACCUUCUUACACACAUAUCACCACGGAGCAACGGCAUUCCUAUGCUGGACUCAACUUGUUGGCAGAACCCCAGUAUCUUGGGUACCGAUUACUUUGAAUUUGACUGUGCACGUGGUCAUGUACUGGUACUACUUCCAAAGUGCUCGCGGUGUUCGCGUCACGUGGAAGGAGUGGAUCACUCGCCUUCAAAUCAUUCAAUUCGUUCUAGACCUAGGCUUUGUUUACUUCGCAACAUGGGAUUUCCAUGCUGACGAAUGGGGUCUCGAUGGUCUUCAUAUCGGCCGAUGUGAGGGCGAUCUUUUUGCCGCCAUCACAGGAUGUGUUACCCUCAGCUCUUACCUAGUUCUCUUCAUUUCAUUUUAUAUUGCCACAUACCGCAAGCCCAGUGGUAAGAGCCGCAAGAAUCUAGGUAUCAAGGCAGACCAAGCAAUCACCGCGACUGGUCGUGCCGCCGAAACUCUAAAGUCUGCCCGGAGUCGCUUGGGCCAUGCCAGCAUGGACUCGGUUGAACACAGUUCCAAGGGCCAGUGGGCUGUAUCUCAUGAUUAGAUGGCUGGGAUGAUGUGGAUAAGUUAUACUUGAGGGUCCGACGGGGCCAUAUUCGGGGGCCUUUUCUCUUUUUUAAUUCGUUGUUCAUCCUGAAAAUUCCUCGCUGAACGGUCAUUCUUAUUUGUACCAUGACGCAGCUGAGGUUGUAAUAAAGCCUUGUAUAGGUUGCACAUUCUUUAGUGAACUACAAAUCCAUUCGCUUCACCAA